AUGAUAGCUAAAUCUGUCAUGUUUUUGAGAACUGCUUCUGAAAUUUGGAGUGAUUUAGAAGAGAGGUUUGGUUAUGCUUCUAUGGCACAAGUAUAUUCUCUUGAACAACAGUUAAUUGAUAUGAAUCAAGGAGAUAAAUCUGUGACUGAAUUUUUCACUGAGAUUAAGACAGUUUGGGAUGCCAUUGAGGAAGCUCAUCCACUUCCAUACUGUACUUGUAAUAACUGCACUUGUAAUUUGACAAAGAAAAUAUAUCAGAGGCAGCAAGAGAAAAUGGUUUUGCAAUUUAUGAUGAAGUUAAAUGAUCAGUAUGCAACUAUUCGAGGAAACUUACUGAUGAUGCAGACUUUGCCUAAGGUUACUGAGGCUUUUAGGUUGUUUGCUCAGGAGGAGAGGCACAAGGAGUUGUCUAAUAUCGCUAAUCAUUCUGAUUCAUUAGCUUUAGCUUCUAAUAAGUUUGGUAGCAAUUUUCAGAAGUUUGGUAGUAAUUUUCAGAAUCAAAACAGCCCGCCUAGGUCUGAUUCAUACAAAGUUCCUAGUUCUUUUUCAAGUUAUUCUGGUGCAGGAUAUAAAAGGCCAUCUAAGGGAGGAGCAAAUUAUUUUUGUACUCACUGUCAGAUACCUAGUCAUAGUGUUGACAGGUGCUUUAAGCUACAUGGUUUUUCUCCUGGUUUUAAAGGCUUCAAAGACAAUAAGAUUGCUACUAUGUCUUUUGGAGAAGGUUCUUCAACAAAUAAUCAUGCUGAGUCGAUUCCUGCUGGUGGUUCUGUUCAGGCUUCUCAGUAUCAGCAGUUUAUAAUGUGUUACAUGUUCCUGCAUGAUUUCAAGUAUAACUUGAUAUCAGUUCAUAAACUCUGUAGAGACAUGAAUUGUGAGUUACAUUUCACUUCUGAUGAGUGUUUUCUUUCAUGUCAGAAAGGGAAUUUGAUUCCUCUUGGUAGUGGGAGAUCUGGUUUGUACAAUGUGGGUGAUAAGAAGGUGAUAGAGUCAAGUUUAUCUCAGAAUGUCAGCUCAGGAUCUGCUUGUUUGUCAGCUGUUGAGGAUGCAAAGCUUUGGCACCUUAGGUUAGGGCAUCUGCCCUUUAGUCAAAUAAAACUGAUUAGACCUGAAUGUGAUGUUACUGCUUGUAUGCAGAACACUUUUUGCCAAGUCUGUCCUGUUGCAAAACAGACUAGGUCUAGUUUUCCCAUAAGUUCAAUAAAAACUUCUGCAGUAUUUGAGUUGAUCCAUAUUGAUGUAUGGGGCCCUCAUGCUGUAAAAACACCAUCUGGUAGUAAUUAA